AUGGACUUAAAAUUAAAAAAGAAAGUAAUGGACUCAUGUCUCUUGCCCUGUCUCGCUUAUGGAUGUCAAACGUGGAUAUUUGACAACAUAACCAGAAGAAAACUCACAUCGUGUCAAAGAGGCUUAGAACGUAGUUCACUAAACAUCAAGCUAAAGGACAGGGUUCGCCAUGGGAAAAUAAGAAAGCAGACUGGUGUGAUAGAUGUCUUGUCCUUCGCUCGUGGCCUGAAAUGGAGGUGGGCGGGCCACGUGGCACGCUACACUGAUAAGAGGUGGACAAAGACUGUGACUAUGUGGAGUGGUCCCCAUGGAUAUAGAAGCAGAGGCCGACCAAAAGCGAGAUGGAAGGACGAAAUAGAAUCAUUCGGUACAAGAAAUUGGCCAAUUCUGGCAAAAAACCGUGUUAAGUGGCAAUCUCUGGAGGAGGCCUUCACCCGUAGAGGGGUCCAGGGCAAUAUGGAUUCCUUCUUCAGCCUCUUCGAUCCAUCUGAAGGCAAACAGGGAUCCAAGAAGAAUAAGAGACCAGAACAAGAUAAUGUGAAGAAAAAAGCAGACGCACCAAAAGGAAGAAGAAGAGGAAGACGCGCGCACGGAAAAAAUGAGACGCUUCCGGAACAAUCGUCGUUCCUGUGCGAACCUGAGUUGAGUACGGACGUCUUGGUUAAAGACGGCAGCUAUAUAGAGAGCUACAUAGCAUUAAAUAAGGAUGAAGAUGCCAAAGUGGAUCCUGAUAGGAAACCGAAGCGUCGCAACUCGGGCCGCAAGAACCGCAGGAAAAAGAACAAAGUGUCACCGAUGAAGGAGACAGCUGGUAACGCCUGGACGGAAGCCGACGCGACCAGCUGGAACAAUCAGGCCGAAGUGAGGACAGAGCUGAAGUUGUGCAAUGACGUCGGCAAGAACGUGAACGAUCUUAAGAAGAGUUAUAAGAGCAAUCACAGGAAAGAGACCGAUGAUUUCGAAGAGACAGGUUACGAUGAUUCGGUCUACAAUGUCAUAGAGAAACUCGAGAAAGUAGGCUUGAAGGACGACACCUAUUUGGCCGGCGACUUCAACACUGACGAAUUGGACAAUGAACUGUUCAGUUCUGAAGAAAUGGAGGAUUCGUUCGACGACACUGCCUCUGAACGUGACGACUCAAGCGAAGAAGUAUAUGGUAGUCUACCACCAGAGCCUAGAUUCGGCAACGUGGAAUAUAAGUUACAACUGGUGUCACCUUGCGAGAGAAGAUUCCAGCAUCUAGUCACUCAGUUGAAAUGGCGUCUUCGAUCCGGAGGGGGAAGUGCGGUAUACGUGUUAGGUGUGAGGGACUGCGGUGCCCUAAGGGGCCUGAGGGCGAAGGCUCUCAGGGCUUCGCUACACUCGUUGAGAAGAAUGGCUAGAACGUUAUCAGCUACUCUAACACAUAUAACAGCAAGGAGAGUAGCACCUCACAGGGCUGUGGCCGAAGUUUACAUAAGAAAGUUGGCAGACACUCAGCAAAGUGUAGAACUGAGAGUAGCUGUGAUGGGGGCGAACGAAGCUGGCAAAUCUACCCUUAUUGGUGUUCUGACCCAGGGAGAACUGGAUAACGGCAGAGGCAGCGCUCGUUUGAAUAUGUUCAGGCAUCUGCACGAAGUGAAAAGUGGCAGAACAUCGUCGCUCAGUCACGAGAUACUUGGGUUCGAUGCUCAGGGUAACGUGGUGAAUUAUGGCUGUUCUGAACUGAUGACCGCUGAGCGUAUAGGGGAGAGGAGUGCCAAGUUGGUAUCAUUCCUCGACUUGGCCGGACACGCCAAAUAUCAGAGGACCACGUUACACGGACUGUGCGGAUAUUGUCCCCAUCACGCCAUGCUAGUGAAUACCUUGACUUAUUUAUUUACUCUUGGCCACCGUAAUCUACCAUCAGUUCCAAAUUUGGAAGUUUUUUCCAAGAAGAAGAACUGGCAAAACCAACUCCCAACAAGACAAAUAUCAGCAACUGCUGGAAUCACCCGUAUCACAGAGGAACACCUGUCUCUACUGGUCGCUUUGGACUUGGACUUCUUCGUGGUUAUAACCAAGUGUGAUAUCGCCGGAGGUUCUUUGAGACAGCUUCAGCAACAGCUGGGCGAUAUUCUGGCGCAAACUAACAAGAAACCCCUGUUGAUAACCGACGAAAAUCUAGCAAGAAACUGCGUAGCACCACAGAAACUGAUCAUAGACACCAUAGAGAAUGGAUUAGACGAGAAACCAACAGAGAAGGAAGAUGAUGUGAAUCUAUGGCCGGUACCGGUAUUUCCCGUGAGCUGCGUACGAGGUGUCGGCGUGAAUAGUCUUCACGCUUACCUGUUGGCGUUACAACCGCCCGCCCAUAGGCAACACGAUAACGAGACGUGCGAAUUUCAAAUCGACGAGAUAUUCCACGUGGGGGACACUAGUGGUCCUGUUGUUGGGGGACUGUUGGCUCGUGGACAGUUGUACGAGGGAGACAACCUCAUCAUAGGUCCUUUCGAAACUGGUGAAUUCAAAGAGAUAACAGUCCGCACUAUAUAUAGGAAUAGAGCACGUUGCGGAUGCGUACGCGCAGGCCAUUGCGCCAGUCUAGGGUUAUCCGCCAAUCAGCCGAUGAGGUUAAGACCAGGAAUGGUACUGCUAACUAAACCACACAAGUACAGUAACGGGCCCAAACCCGUGUUCGGUGGAUGUCCGAGAGGGAAGUGCAAGAUGAGAACAGAGGCUACCGAUAUAGUAUUGAACAGUAUUCAUGCCAAAGAGAAUAACACAAAGAACAGAAAGAACGUGAGGAGGAAAAACAGGAAUCUGUUACAAGACAUAGACAAUGUAGAGAGCUCUCUAGUUAAAGUCAUAGACAAGGACCCUAAUAUAUAUAAUUCGGACAGCGAUGUGGAAAGAGGUGUUGGGGCGAAGAUCGUGGACAAAUUAGAAGACAACGUUUACCGGUCUGAUAGCGAUAGGGAUAAAGACAAUAUUGACGACAGCCAAGAUUGCAUAUGCGGUGAUACCGUUCUUCUAGAAGAUCCUAAUGACCCCAGAGGCUGCAUGUACUUUCAGGCCUCAGUUCAUGUAUUGAGACACUCGACAGCAAUAUAUCCUGGUUUCCAAUGUACCGUUCAUAUCGGGAACGUGCGUCAAACUGCUAUUAUAGAGGGCAUAUUAUCUAGAAACAGUCUAGUCCGUGCCGGCGGAUGGGCAGCCCUAGUUUUCCGUCUGACCCGAUGUCCUGAAUAUAUUCAGAGAGGUCGCAGAUUGCUUCUAGCAGCCGGCCAGGGAACCAGAUUUCAGACAAGCGCAUCAGAUGCCACCUUGGAACAAUUGGAUUCUUGCACGCUGCAGAAAUUUAACGAAAAAAGUAUUUUCGGCCAAUUUUUUCUUAUAAACUGCCAGUAUUGUUUUCGUUCUAAGGCGUUGAUCGAUGUAUACUGGGUGUUAGGGGAACGCUUCCGAAAACGAAAACCAGUGAUAGAGUAA